AUGUCCACCAACAGAGAGCAAGUCUUUCCCACGCGUAUGACGCUGGGAAUGAUGAAAUCCAAGCUUAAAGGUGCUAACCAAGGCCAUUCGCUUUUGAAACGUAAAUCGGAAGCUCUUACAAAGAGGUUCCGUGACAUUACGAAGCGCAUCGACGAUGCCAAGCAAAAAAUGGGGCGCGUCAUGCAAACGGCGGCUUUUUCGUUGGCUGAAGUCAGCUAUGCCACAGGGGAAAACAUCGGAUAUCAGGUACAAGAAAACGUCUCCAACGCCAGGUUCAAGGUUAGAGCUCGCCAGGAGAAUGUGAGUGGUGUGUACCUGCCUCAGUUCGAGAGCUUCAUCGAUUCUGAGAUCAACGAUUUCAAAUUGACCGGUUUAGGGCGUGGUGGUCAGCAGGUGCAAAGGGCCAAGGAGAUCUACUCCAAGGCUGUCGAAACCUUGGUGGAGCUCGCAUCUUUGCAGACCGCGUUUGUGAUUCUGGACGAGGUUAUCAAGGUCACCAAUAGAAGAGUGAAUGCCAUCGAGCAUGUUAUCAUCCCUCGUACAGAGAACACCAUCGCCUACAUCAACAGUGAACUCGACGAAUUAGACAGAGAGGAGUUUUAUAGAUUGAAGAAAGUCCAAGAGAAGAAACAACAACAGACGGCGGAGCUCGACGCCCAAAUGAAACGGCAGAAGGAGAUUGAUGCCAACGCUAAGGCAGAAGAGGCUACGCUACCAGCAAAAUCGUCCAACGAAGGUAGUUCCGCCGCUAAAACUACCGAGGAAGCUCACGAAGCACCUGAUGUCCUUGCUGAGCAAGAAGACGAUGUGAUUUUUUGA